GCAGACACUGUCUGUGUCCUUGCAACCAAGAGGGUUGGUCGGGUCGCAUGUCUGGCAACCUUUGCACUGUUUGGGAGUGUGAGUGAUCGCUCCAGUGACUGGGUUGCAAGCAUCAACAGUGCAUGGGUUGUUGUCGUCCACAGUGACAUUGGUGUAGACACACUUUCCGGAUUGUGCAUCGCAGCUGGCCACCAUGCACAUUGGUGUCGACUUAGGGUCGCAACAAGUGCACUCGGUACUGUUGGA